AUCUAUGACAAGUUGAUCGGCAAUCGCUGCAUUGUCGGCGAGGCGCCCUUGUGCUACAAGCCUCCUGUCUGCCUUGCGGGCAAUGAGACCACCUGUACUCUGGAGACGAAUGCUUCCACCACCCUUGGCGCAAGCGUCUUCGAAGCUGUCUGGAAUUCCA